GCGUUUCUCCAGACGCCCGGGAAGUCUUUCCGCGCAAGGGCAGAGGCUGGAACCGGCGUCUCAUCUCCGAGACCUUCACGAGGGUUUCAGAGGACGUAGAACUGCGCAUGCGUUAGACGAAGGGGGAGCGCUGGCAGCGCAAGCGCAUCCGAGGGUUUUGAAGCCGAGCGAGGAGAGGCGGUCGAAUGUGCGCUUGCGCCGUGUUGCUCCCCCGGCAGAGGGUCAGGUUGGUCCUUGAGUUUCCCUUCAUCACACGUUGUUGUUCCCUUGGUGGCAUCGCUGAAUAGGGAGCCUGGUUUCAAAUUGAAAAUGCCUAUCCUGUGGAUCGUACGGCAAGCUUCCCGAACAGGGGCUCCAGUGUGCCUGAACCUUGCCCGAUGCCUCAGCAACACAACCCCUGUAGCUUCCUACAAAUAUGUAAACCUAAAGGAGGAACCAACAGACUUUAAGUCGGCGACUGACAAGGCUGCAGAGACCCUCCUCUGGACAGAACUUAUCCGAGGCUUCACUGUGGCUGUAAGCUACAUAUUUAAGGAGACUGCCACUAUCAACUACCCUUUUGAGAAGGGUCCCCUGAGUCCCCGCUUCCGUGGGGAACAUGCCCUGCGCAGAUACCCAUCUGGAGAAGAGAGAUGCAUUGCCUGCAAGCUGUGUGAAGCAGUAUGCCCUGCUCAGGCAAUUACUAUUGAGGCUGAGCCCCGUGCUGACGGCAGCCGUAGGACUACGCGUUAUGACAUUGACAUGACCAAGUGCAUCUAUUGCGGAUUCUGCCAGGAAGCCUGUCCUGUUGACGCCAUUGUGGAGGGUCCCAAUUUUGAAUAUUCAACUGAGACACACGAAGAACUUCUGUACAACAAAGAGAAGCUGCUCAAUAAUGGUGACAAGUGGGAAGCAGAGAUUGCUGCUAACAUACAAGCUGACUAUUUGUACCGAUGAUGGAGUACUUAUUUCACCCAUCCCACAUUCUCACCAGCCAGCUGAACUGAAACCAAGCCUGCAAUAAAGGGCAUGCACUCAUU